GCCGUGUCACCAGCUCCACACUGACAGCAGUUUUUCAGGGUGACCGCAAAUAAAUACGGAGUUGGUCUUACGAUUACACAGUUGACGGACAGCUGAACUUUUGAUUACGUUUUAGGUAUCCGCCAUUUUGAUUUCAGAAUCUGACAGAUUUUUUGUUGCCUGCCUGCCGAAGUGUAAUUCGGACCCUGUCAACAACACGGCCACUCUGCAGGCCAACCGCCGUGUAACGGCAGUGUAAAUGACAUUGCAACCGGGGAGAGGGUAGUAUCUUCAAGCUAGCUUCGCGGUCAUGAGCAGCCAGCUAUGGGCCUUCGGGUGACCUGACAGCCAAAGGCGCCGAGUUGCCGUUCAGCUUGUGGAUGACGACUGAUGAAAUGAUGGAUAACAGGAUGAAGCCAACCUCUCCUGGGUGUGUGUGACUGUUGUUUAGUAUGAAUGAAGUUGGUGUGUUUGUGUUUUCAUUGAGUGAAUUUGCUGAUGCUGAUUGAUGCCUGGGCCAUGCAAUGUCAAUAAGGCAAAUGGCGGUUUAGCAAGAUCUGACUGAGGAUACUACUCCUUGUCCAAAAUCAGCUAAGUGUAUGUGCCGGUGACGUCAGCCAUGUUUUGGAAGUUUGACUUACACACAUCUUCUCACCUGGAGGCUUUACUAGACAAGGAGGAUGUCACGCUCACAGAGCUCAUGGAUGAGGAAGAUGUGUUGCAGGAGUGCAAGGCCCAGAACAGGAGACUUCUCCUGUUCCUGUGCCAGGACCAGUGCAUGCAGGACCUGGUCCGUAUGAUUUCCACAGAGCCCCCUGCUGGUGUAGAGGAGACAAAGCGCUUCAAGUAUGCAAAUAUAGCAUGUGAGCUGUUGACAUGUGAUGUAGGAGUGAUCAAUGAUAAGCUGGGUAAUGAGGAGCCUCUGCUAGAAACUCUGUAUGCCUUCCUGGAGCAGCCGUCCCCACUUAACCCCCUCCUGGCAUCUUUCUUUAGCAAGACAAUUGGGAACCUCAUCACACGGAAGACUGAGCAGGUUAUCAGUUUCCUGCGACGGAAGGAGGGUUUCCUUUCCUUGGUCCUGAAGCAUAUUGAUACAUCAGCCAUGAUGGAUGUGCUGCUAAGACUUAUCAGCUGUGUGGAGCCACCCCCUCUUCGUCUCGAGACACUUAUUUGGCUGAAUGAAGAGAAGCUGGCCCAGAGGCUCAUAGAGCUCAUUCACCCUGAGAGAGACGAAGAGAGGCAGUCUAAUGCAUCUCAGACUUUGUGCGACAUCAUUCGUCUGAGCAGAGACCAGGCCAAUCAGCUUCAAGAGAUUUCACAGCCUGACCCUUUGCUGACUGUGCUGGAGUCGCAGGAGUGUGUGGAGCAGUUGCUGCAGAAUAUGUUCUCAGCAGAGUGUACUGAGAGCUGUAUCGUCAAUGGGAUUCAAGUUCUUCUCACAUUACUGGAAAUCAGGAGGCCUGUGGUGGAUGGUGUAAUGGAUGCGCAGGGAUUUGAGAGAAGUUACACUGUUAACAGCAGCAUUUUGUUGGCCAUCCAACCACACCUGAAACACUUCCACCAGCUACUUCUGGAGCCACCUAAGCGAAAUCCCAUGCUGACUACUCUGGGUGUGCUGGAGGAACCAUUAGGGAACACACGUCUGCAUGUAGCCAGACUGGUGGCCUCUCUGCUGUAUACCAGCUCUUCUAGCCAUGCUGUCGUAGCACAGGAACUCUGCCGACUCAAUACGAUGGACCUGCUUCUGGACUUGUUCUUCAAGUAUACGUGGAACAACUUCCUGCACCUCCAAGUGGAGCUUUGCGUCGCUGCCAUCCUCCGGCCCUGUGCCCAUGAAAUGAGACUUCAGCCUGGCUUGGGAUCCCAGGAACAAUUCAAGCCUCAUCAGGAUGCUUCACAAGAGCAGGCUUUGACUGAUACCCCUUCUGAACCUUCAGCCACCACUGAAAACUCUGCACACAAUCUAAUGGUGACUCAUUUGUUUCAGCACUGCCACCUUGUCCAGCGGAUUCUGGAGGCUUGGGAAGAGAAUGAUAAAAUACAGUCAGAAGGUGGUAUGAGAAGAGGGUACAUGGGACAUUUGACCAGGAUUGCCAACACAGUAGUCCACAACCUGGAGAAGGGCCCAGUUCACACACAGAUUAGUAGCCUCAUCACAGAGCUGCCAGAGGACUACAGAGGGCGCUGGGAAACCUUUGUGGACCAGACUCUGUCAGAGACUAAUAGGAAGAACACCAUAGACCUGGUUGGCACUGGAAACCCACGUCCCUCUUCAGAGGAUGAUAUGGAGAGUCCUUUCCCUAAAGAACUUACACUACAGCAGGCCUUUUCAGACUACCAGAUCCAGCAGAUGACGGCUAACUUUGUGGAUCAGUUUGGCUUCAAUGAUGAGGAGUUUACUGAUCAUGACGAUAGCAUUGGAGCAACGUUUGACCGAAUUGCAGAGAUCAAUAUCAACAUUGAUGCAGGCCAGGACACUGCUAAUACAGCUGUGUUUGAGGCCUGUUCUAAGGAGAAGAUUCAGCCCUUUGAUGAUGACGAAGAGGACAUUUGGGAGGAGAAAGAGAUCAACUUUGCAACACAAACCAAGUCUCGUAACAGGUUUGGUGGGUCACGAUCAUCCCAGAGCCCUGCAGCCAGUAAAGAUUGUGACAGGGCAGCAACUUCUGGCACUGAAGCCUGUGACAGAGCAGCAGACUCUGACUCUGAGGGAGAGGAUCCUAAAGAUGACCUGGACCCUUUCUCAAGCCAGACCGAUGCAACAAAGAGCACUGGCUGGAUAGCAGACUUUGGGGAGGUGAACUCAAAGGCUCCUGCAGCAGGAGGAGGCUUUUCCGCCUGGGACACUCCAGACUCCCAGCCAGCUGCCACAGAGGCAGAGGAGAAAGGAUGGGCCAAGUUCACUGACUUUCAGCCUUUCUGUUGCUCUGAAACAGGCCCCAGAUGCAGCUCUCCAGUGGACUCGGAGCUCAGCGGAUCUGGCAACACCAAACCAAACCAGAAUCCAUGUGUGUGGAGCGUGUGUGUGGCGAGAAAAGCUCCAUUGGUGGCAUCAGACAGCUCCUCCUCCAGCAGCUCAGACAGCGAUGAGGAAGAAGGCAAGACGGAGUCUGCGACCAGUGAGACGGUCACCACAGAGACCAUCACCACGGGGGCUGGCAAAGAGACUAUUCGGCUCACUGUAGACGCCAAAAAUGAAAGGGCAGUCUUCAGCAGAGUAUUCAGACCAGCAGUCAGACGUGAAGCAGAUAAGGUGCCAGUAGAGGGACUCUCGAUCAAAGACAAGGGGAAAGGCAAUGAGAAACAAAGUGAAAAGGGAAAGAAACAUGGAGACUGUCCCAACCCAACAACCGCCAGUCCAACUAAUCAGUCGGCUGCUGUCACACAAGGGACGCCGCCGUCUGCUAAUGGACCGGCCUAACGAUGCAGCACACACAAACACACACCCUUGCUUCAUACCUGUCCAUUCAACAUACAGCAACGCCACCUUUGCUUCCUGUUAGCAGCCCUCCAAUGUCCUUUCGUGUCCGAAGAAUGAGAGACGCUCAGUGUUGAGGUCAAACAGCCCUUGACAGUAUGUAUGCUGGAUAAGACAUAUCUACACAAAGGUACACUGACUCUCCUGCACCUUCAUGACAUUAUUACAACCGCUUCAAAGAGGAAUGUGAGUUUUAAAGAACAUCUCAUUGUACCAGACCCCCAAAGCCAAAUUCUGUUAUAUAUGAACUGUUUCAAAAUGUGAUUUUUCCCUUUGAACUUGGGAGAGUGAUGACACUCUUGUGAUGUGAUGAGCGUUUGAGUGCCAGCUGUGGCACUGUAAGAAAACAAACACCUGUCUGAAAUUUGACCUUUAUUAAAUUCAACAUCAAAUUUCAGAUUGUUUGAGCAUGUCUGCUCUCUGGGUAUUAAACCACAGCCCAGAGAUUUUUUCUAUUAGAGCAUUUGACUGUUUACACUUUAGUAAAGAAAAACUGUACUCAAAUAAUCAGCCAAGAUUACAAAGCCAAGAUGCUUGCAAAGCUAGCUGCCAUUUUCUCUUCAGCAUUUCUCUGUAGUACAUGCCAGGCAGACAUUUUAUUAGUGCAAAUGUGUGAGUGAUAAUGAUUUGGCUUUUUUCAUACAUGCUGCCUAAAUUAUUUCUCAAUCCAAGUAAGAUUUCUUUGCUUCGAUCAUGUGGAACAUAAAUGCUCCCCUUUUGGAGCAUCAGAUUUGGGAGCAUCAUGUGUCACUUCCUCCUCAAACCUCUGAGAAAUUCAUGUAGUUUAGAGGUGUGUGUGCUGUUGUAUCCAUGUGUGUUGACGUGUGUGUGUGUGCAUGUGUGUUUGAGCUCUGUCCGAGGUAUAGAGCACAUUCUCAGGUCAAAGGAGAGGUAUGCAGAUACAAAGAAAGCACACCUGUGUGACACACAUGCACACACACAGCGUCAUACACGCAUGUAUGCACAACCAAAUCUAUACACACGAGCAAAAAAACACAGUGGUGUGCACAUACUGAUUCAUAUCACCCUCAGAGCUGUUUAAAUGUAAUAUUGUGAAAUUUGAACCUGUAUUAGGUUGUGGCUAUUCUUGGUAACAUGUAAACGUAAUAUAAAUGUAAACAGUAUAUAUAAACAUUAUAUCUAUUUUUGGAAUAAAUCCAACGUAUGGAAAGGCGGUUGUUUUGCAGGUUGCAACGUGUGUAUUGUAUGUGUGUGUUGUACUGUUGAAAUGAGGCAAUAAUGAUGUCUGUGUUUUGGUUACUACCCCAGCAUCAGUUCCUGUUCCUCUGCUACAUGCUUCCUAUGUGGAGGUUUGAGAGCGUGCAUGUGCGUGAUUGUCCGUCGUCUGCGGUGUGUCCUCUGUGUUAUUUACUUAAAGGGUGAUUCUGGUUUAUUAGAUUUUGGGUCUUAUUUUCAUUCAUCAGUUUUAAACAAAAUUCUAGGGUAACCAAUCUUAUUGAGAAAACAAAGGUGACCAUUAAAAUGACACUAAAACUGCUGCUUCAACUUUUAGUUUGUAUCGUAUAAUUUGUGUGAAGUUACUUUUCCCAUUUAAUGAGGGUUUAUUAUUAAGUGCUGAACACAUUUGUUGAUUAAUACAAUAGUCAAUCGACACAAAAAUGUCAAGCAAAAAUUUUGAUAAUCAGUUCGUCGUUCGUGUCAAACGUAACUUAAUCAGUUUCUUAAUUUGCUUUUCUUUGUCUAAUAUACAGUCAGGGCUGCCCCCUAAAAGUUGCAGAUCCGAAACAAUGAAGUUGUUUCUAUUCUAUUCAAUCAGCCAGAUUUUUUUUAGAUUUUAUUUCUGAGUUUUUAACACUUAAACAAUGCACAAACACAGAUAAGAAAAACAGAGAAGACAAAAAAAAAGAAAAGGAAAAAAAGACAAUGAAAACAAAAUAAUAAAAAAUAAAUAGAUUAUAAUCGUAGUAAUAAUAAUUAUGGUAAGAAAUUAGUAUGCAGUGUAUUUCUGGGGACAAUUUAAUCCCCAGAUUCAGCUGCAGAGUAAGCGCUCCUUACUUCGCUCAGUCAAGCCCUGAAAUAACAUUAUCCUUUGCCUUCUGCUUAGAAGUGGUGAAUUUACAGCUCACGGAGUCUCCUUCAUCAUCUUCACAUCAUCGCUAUUUAAUAAACAACAGUUUGAAAUCUACCGUCAAUAAAAAAUGUUAUUGCACAUUUGUGACCUGUCGUCAGCUUGUUUACAAUAUUAUGUCUAUGUUGUCACAGUGAACGUCAAGCCAAAAACUCUCAAACUCUAUGAGGAAAAAAAAGGAACGAAUAGUUGAAUAUUCUUAUUAAACAGCCAAAUCCAAUCCGACUGACAUAAUUGUAAGUCGAGUACAGCCCUAUAUAUAGUUAACUAACUAUAUAUUUUUGGGUUUUGCACUGUUGGUUGGACAAAACAAUCAAUUUGAUGGUAUCACUUUGGGCUUUUAGUAACUGUGAUGGGAAUUGUUCACAAUUUCCUGACAAUUUAUAGACCAGUGAUACUCAGCUUUUUUACUUCACAAUGAAAAUAAAUUGAUUUACACUGUAAUUUGACUUUUACUUUGAAUGUAAAUAGGGUGCCACAGUGCAUAAAAAACAUCAAAAUAAAACUUAAAACCGCCCCUGUGUAGACCUUACCUGCAACUGGCCCCUGGCCUCUUGUCAUUUUGCAAAAGCAGCCCUUGGGUAGAGCAAGUUGAAGAAGAAAUGAAGAAAUGAAUUGAUCUAAUCAAUAAAAUACUUAUCAGAUUAAUAGAUAAUGAAAAUAAUCAUAUAUGAAUGUGUGCUCAUCCAAAUUAAAGUUGUUUAGAUAAUUAUAUUAAACUGUUUGACGCCUGUCUGCCUGCUUUAUUUCCUAAUGUUAUUAGCAUUUAACUUGUUGAGUACAAUCUAAUCAUAACUGAAUCAUUACAAAACCCAAGUUGUAAUAAACCAGAAUUAUCCUUUAAGUUUGCGUGUGCCAGACAGUCAUGCUUUACUUUAUCUUUCUCCUCGUCUCUCUCUUUCUCAGGGCAGGAGUCGACUUUAAUUGCAUAUAAAUGCCUAUGGAGCGAUUUACAUAGAUUGUUGUAUUUAUUUUAAAAGCACUUUUUCAAGAAGCACUUUUGGUUUGUAUUUGGUGGUGGUGCCAAGCGCCACCACAUUACUUCCCACUCUAAAGAGGUGGGAAUGUUUGACUUGAACGAGUGAAUUAUGUAGAUACUUUAGAAUACUUUUUUCUUCGAUGCUUUCUGCCAAAGUGUGUCUUCCCACCAGUGUUUCAGCUGGGUUUCAUAUCUGUGAAGUAGCCUCGUUUCUCGCAAUGGUGUCACAGGUCUAGAUCUAUCUAAAGCAGUCUUUGUUUGAUCCCUCGCUCAUGUUUUUCUUUUUUUUUUCUUUCUUUUUUUUAAGUCAUGUGAUGGAGUUAUCAGCAGUGGGAGAGGAUGCCACAUGUCAAAGAAAGACUUUGAAGAUUCAUCCUAGAUCACAGAUAGUUUUUUGCUUUUAUCCGUUCAGCACAGAGCUGUUAGAAGUGGAGCUGCGCAGAGAGUAAGCGUUGGUUUAAGUCAGGGUUAGAGGAGAAAAACAGGGCUGUUUUUUGUCAGGGUGUGUACAGGGUCAGAAUAUGUCAUCCUGUCUUUCGCCAAACCUAAGCACUGCGUCUGACCCUUUGUGUUUGUGUGUGUGUGUGUGUGUGUGUGUGUAUUUCACCUUGAGAGUGUGGUGUGUGUGUGCAGUGUAGCUACGGGUAUGGUGCGAUGUUAUGCUUAAUGGCAUGAGGUACAAUACAGUCAUCUUUAAGUGCCAUUACGUUUGCACAUUAGCCUCAUUCACCUCAUUGGGUAUGUGCUGUAUUGUACAGAGUGUGCCCAGAACUUUAAUUGAGAGACAGUGGGUGUUAAAUUGUUACUCCACCCUAUGGUCUGUUACUUACACUGAGGCCAUUUCAACAAUAAAAUCUUUCUCGCAUUAUAGCUGAUCACAUUUGUGUACGUGUGAGUAUGCGUGUGUGUGUGUGUGUGUGCGCGCGUGUGUGUUUGGAGGGGAGUGGUGCGAAAGACAGCCGUGUUGUAAAAUGCCUUUUUUGUAAAGUGGACUGAUGCUGGUGUUUUGUUUUGUUUUCUUUUUUUUUUUUCAUUUAGGGAGUAAUGUGUCUGUUUCCUGUUGUCAAUUUAGCUUGUACAUUCAGAUAUGAACCUAAUAAAUAUGUCAGACCCAGAA